GUUCGCCAGGGGCCCGAGGAAGGCAGUCAGACACCUUGUUUUCUUCCCGACAGUGGCCUGGGUGGACGGCGCGGCGGUAGAGACAAUGCCGUCAAAGAAGAAGCUGAAGGCUUAUAUUAAGAAACUUGCCAUGCCCCCGAAGUCGGCCCAGCGUCGGGAAUCGUCCGGGUCGGCGAGUCCGGGCACCGCGGCCGCCGACUGCGAGUGGCAGGGCGACCACUGGCGGCGCUCGAACCGCUGGACGCCCCCGUGGGACCAGCAGAGCUCCGCGCCCUCCACGCCCCAGUCCGUGCCCUCCACGCCGCCACCCAUGCCGGCGCCGCAGCAGGAGACCACCAACCUCAGCAGGGAUGGCUCGAGCCCCGUCCCCUGGUGGCAGAACGACGGAAACGAAGAGGAGAAGCAGGAGGCAGCGGGGGAUGAACCACGGCGCGGCUUCGAACCCCGUGACAGUCCCUCGCCUUGGUGGGAAAGCGACCAGGCGGAUGACAGAGCAACGAGUCCCACACCAUGGAGGAAGGAGGGGCAUCAGAGGACCGAGAGCCCAGGACCUCCCCAGCAGGCACGCCACAGGUCAACGCUGACCCCAGAGAAGGAGGGCUGGGAGGCAACAGAAGAGAUAUCAGAGUUCUCCAACAAACAGGCCACUUCCGACAAAGAAAAGAACGCAUCUGAGAACCUAGCCAUUCCCAGAGUCAGAGAUGACAACAAAUCAAGGUCAUCUUCCCCCAUGGUAGAAGAGCAAUGGGGAACCCCCCAAGAAUCAUGGAUGUCGUCGGGGAAGGUCAAUGGAAGGGCAGAAGAGGAAGAAGAAGAAGACGAAGAGAGCGAAGAGGAAGAUGAUGAAGAUGAAGAUGAAGAUGAGGAAGAGGAAGAGGAAGAGGAAGAAGAGGAAUCCGAGGAAGAAGAAACCGUUGCAGAACAGGCAGCGCCCAGAACACGCCAGGCAAAUGCACAGCCUGGCUCAUCGAAGCAGCCAGAGCAGCCGACUCCUCAGGCCGCCACAGCCUCGCCUCCGGAGUCCAAAUUACAGGACGCCCUGGGUUCGGAUUUUAAGCCAGAGGAAAAACCGCAGGAACCGAGGGAGCCGAGAGAAGCCCCUGCGCCGGCGGAAGAGCGUGUUAGAUCCCGAGACACGGCGGAAGAGCGUGUUAGAUCCCGGGACACGGCUGAAGAGCGUGUUAGAUCUCGAGACGCGCCUGAAGUACGUGUUAGAUCCCGAGCCACGGCGGAAGAGAAGAAGGAUGAGGAGAAGGAAGUUCCUGCAGAGGAAGAGAGGACCAUCUCGCCCCCUCCUCGGAGAUCCCGCUUCGUCCAAGAGCUCUACAAGGCCGGCUUCGGGGACACGAAGGAGGAGGAGGAGGGCGGCGUCCAGAACAACGUGGAGGAAGCCAAAGUCGAGGACGGAGGCCCGAAGGACACGAGCGCCGGCAUGAUCACCACGCUUCAGAUCGACAUCGAGCCGGAGCCUCAGCAAGUUCGGAAGCAGGAGGUCCUGAACCGCGAACCCGAUGCCCUCUUGACGAAAACCAUCGACUACCCGAGCUUCGAGUCGAACUUGAAAGAGGAGAAGGAGGACAAACAGCCCGCGAUGGACGGGACUGAUAGCAAAUUGAACGAAGAAGGAGAGGGACAAGGAGAAGAAGGCGAGAAAGGGGAAAUGAAGGCAGAAAACGAGAAGGAAAAGAUUGAGGAAAGCGAGAAAGAAAAGAUUGAGGAAAACGAGAUGGAAAACAUUGAGGAAAACGAGAAGGAUGACAUAAUUACCCCACUGCCGAAUGACAUGUGGCGGGAAAAUGAAGACAACACUAACACCAUCGCUUCUUCCUCCGCCGCCGAUGAGAAGGAACCAGAACUGCCAUGGUGGGAACAUGCAGAAGAGGAGGAUACGAAUCAGGAUUCGGGUUCAGUGUGGUGGGAACAGCAGCAAAAUGAGGACGAUACAGAACAGGGGGAGGCGGUCCCUUGGUGGGAACGGCCGGCGGUUAAGGAGCCCGUUCAGAAUGACUCGGGAAUGUGGUGGGAGAAGGAGAAUGACGACCAACAAAAGGACGAGAUAAUGCUGUGGCAACGGUCUAUCGAGCCAGUCCAGCCAGACCCAAAGAUCUUGAAGGACAAGGAAGAAGACAACCAAGAUAAGGAUGAUCUUCCUUGGUGGGAGAAGCAGGAAUUGACGAGGGGCAACAGCGAGGCAAAUGAAGAGUGGUGGAAAAAAUGGGACACGCGCGCUGAGCCCUGCACGGUCAGCAUCACCAAGUUGCGGGAGAAGGCGCGACAUGCUACCCCGUGGUGGGCGGCGGGUGACACGUCAGAGCCAACGGAUGAAAUGGACGAGAAUUCUUUAUGGUGGGACCAAGAUGGUACCACCGCCGAGAGUCCAGCAGUCCCCGAAGCUCCCCCAAUGCCGGCGUCGUCCCCCCGCCUCCCCCCCACCCAUGCCGGGAUGCCCCCACCCCCGCCCCGCCGAUGCCCGAAUGGUACCCGGCGAGAAGAAGAUCUCGGAGGCCAAAAAGUUCAAGCUGGACCAGAUCAAGCGGGCGGCGAGGACCAGGCCGGAUUGGAACACCUUGCUGAAGAACAUUGAGGGCGGCGUCAAACUCAAACACUUGUCCCCCUUCGAGAAAA